GCGCGUUUAAUUGUACAUGUCCCUUGAACGAAAACAGUUCCGACUUUUAUUCGUCUUCGGAAAGUUAUCAAAACCAGUGAAAAUCAGUACCAAAAAAUAUAUUUUUGUGCAAGAACAUAUAAUAUUCUUAAACAUCUUAUUCGCUCCUUUUUUAAACUUUUAAAAGUGUUUAUAUUUCGAGUUUCACGAAAAUGGCUGAUGAAAAACGGAAAGGAUUGUUGUCGCCGCUAAACCGAUCCACACACUCAAAAUCCUUUGGAACAUCUGAAACUCCCAUUGAGAGACUAAUUGGUCGUUUCAGAACCUUAUCUGUUCGAACUCCUCAAAAUGUUGGCGACUUGAUUCAAGAAUCUGACGUACACGUAACUGAACGAGAAAGGAAUUCUGGAUCACCAGCAUUGACUGGUUUGCAGAAAAGACUAGAAAAAUGCCUUAAUGAAUCGUCCAGUGUCAAUGAUGAAACUUUAAACAAAAUUCUUAAUGAAGAGCAUCGUCGCAGGAAAAGCUCCAGUGUGCGAAUUCUCAAAGCAAAUAUAGCAAAGGAAGGCGAAAUUGAUUCAGAUAACAGUCAGGAAGAAGAAAACAGGUCUUUCGCAAACAGAAACGUGACAGACAUUCUUGAGUCGCCGCAAGCCCAGGAAGUGGAGAACGAGGAAUCCAUUUUGGAGAAAAGCAUUCACGAGAUUUCAGAAGUUUACGUCUUGUUGAUGAAGUCAAGUUCAAAUUUUGCGAAAUGCGUAUCCAAACCACAAAUAAAGGAAAUAACAUCAAGUGUUUUCACAGAGGUCAUAAGUGAACAGUUGACGGACAUUGUCUCAGAAAAACAAAAAUGUAUCAUCAGCGAAAGUUUUCUUUCGAAUUUGGACGAUGAAAUCGAUUUUUUCCUGAAGCAAUCUUUAGAAGAAACUAAUAAAACCGCGAUGUCUGAUUCUGGGUCGGUUUCAAAAAUGAAGUCCGCUUCAGCAUCAAAGCUUCAUGACAAAAAGACUGUUUGGCAGAAAAGUAUUUUGGAUAAUAAAGGCAACAGGAGGAAACUCGAAAAAUCAAAAUCUUUAGGCGAAGAUCACUUUGAUCUGAGCGAACAGGAAGCGGUUAGGGAUUACGUUGAAGCGUUGACUUCUCCAAAUAUCAGUAGUGAGAUGUGGUUCACGCCUAAUUCAAAAUUAAAUGGCAGUGAAUUUUUUCCGAAUGUUUCCAGCAUGUCCGCACUUUCAUUCCAAGGGACUGGUGAGAAAGAAAAAAUUAAGGUUGAGAAAGAAGAAAAUCCUGAUGAUGUAGCAUCAAAUAAGUUGUUAUUUUUGCCCGCUUUGAGCAGUUCGCCCAAGUCAACGGGUAGUACAAUUGAUUUGUGUCAUACUCCGUCUACAGUUAAUUUAUCAAAUGAUGACUCGCCCAAGUCAAUCAAAUCAGAAACAAAUGUGAGCAUCUAUAGCAGUGAUCCCGAGCCCGCUUCUGAAUCGGAAUCGCCAGAACGAAAAUCAUCUGUGGACCUUUCGAGUGAAGAUGAUGAAAAAAGCCACGAUAAUGUUGAGCCGGAUGUUGAGCCCGAAUUAAAACCCGAAGUCUUAGCUCUUUUAGAUGAGGGUAGGGAUCCAGGUGUACCAUUUCCUCCAUCACGAAAAUUAACAAUAGCAGAGGUCUUUGACACGCGAACGGGGCGACCAAAACCGGAAGUGCUCAAACAACAUUUUAUUCUCGAAGGUAGAAUAGAGGAAUCUGCAGCACUUCGAAUUGUUAAUGAUGGCGCUGCUCUUCUUCGUUCAGAAAGAACGAUGAUAGAUAUCGAGGCACCUGUCACUGUCUGCGGAGAUAUUCACGGCCAAUUCUACGAUUUGAUGAAAUUAUUUGAAGUUGGUGGGCCACCAUCAACAACAAAGUACCUCUUUCUGGGUGAUUAUGUUGACAGAGGUUACUUCAGUAUUGAGUGCGUUUUGUACCUGUGGGCAUUGAAAUUGUGCCAUCCAACCACACUCUUCCUUCUCAGAGGUAACCAUGAGUGCCGGCAUCUCACGGAAUAUUUCACAUUUAAGCAAGAAUGUAAAAUAAAAUACUCAGAGAAAGUUUACGAUGCAUGUAUGGAUGCAUUUGACUGUUUACCACUUGCAGCCCUGAUGAACCAACAAUUUCUCUGUGUUCAUGGUGGUCUUUCGCCGGAAAUCCACAAUUUAGACGACAUACGCUCAUUGGACAGGUUCAAAGAACCCCCUGCUUUCGGUCCCAUGUGUGACAUUCUGUGGUCAGAUCCUCUAGAAGAUUUUGGGAAUGAAAAGAAUGCGGAACAUUUUUCCCAUAACAGUGUUAGAGGAUGUUCAUACUUCUACAGUUAUACGGCAUGCUGUGAUUUUCUUCAGAGUAACAACCUUUUAAGCAUCAUAAGGGCUCAUGAAGCUCAAGAUGCUGGAUAUCGUAUGUAUCGCAAAUCCCAAACAACGGGCUUCCCAUCAUUAAUAACCAUCUUUAGUGCUCCAAAUUAUCUCGACGUAUACAAUAAUAAAGCGGCUGUGCUCAAGUACGAAAACAACGUGAUGAACAUCAGGCAGUUCAACUGUUCACCACAUCCAUAUUGGUUACCCAACUUUAUGGAUGUUUUUACGUGGUCUUUACCAUUCGUUGGCGAAAAAGUCACAGAAAUGUUGGUAAACGUUUUAAACAUUUGUUCGGAUGACGAGCUCAUGAGCGACGGAGAUGAGGGACUCGAAGAAGUCGCAGCCAAAGUCGUUGUCCAAAAAAAGAAUGGUGCAGCAGCUAAUCUCCGCAAGGAAGUUAUCAGAAACAAGAUCAGAGCCAUUGGAAAAAUGGCGCGUGUCUUCUCAGUCCUCAGGGAAGAAAGCGAGAGUGUUCUGCAGCUUAAAGGACUUACACCAACCGGAUCUUUACCACUUGGCGCCCUAUCAGGAGGAAAGACGUCUUUGAAAAAUGCGCUACAAGGUUUCUCGCCGAAUCACAAGAUUACAUCAUUCGCGGAAGCUAAAGGACUUGAUGCGAUAAAUGAAAGAAUGCCACCUCGAAGAGAUGCUCCUACAACGCCAGCUAGCGAGGAGCGACCAGUAGAAAAUUCGCCCGUUGAUGCAGGAGAAAGGCGGGACCAUAACGGGCCACAGCCACAGUCGUGAGCCACGCAGUCGUCCAAUUAAGGUGACAAGAAUAGGACAUCGGUCCUCGAGCCGUCGCCAUAGGUAUAACCACACAACCAAUGCUCGUCUCUCCCCGGAUGUUAGACUGUAGCGCGAAACCAAUCGAGUCAACAAAACAUCGUCGAAAGUCAAGAGUGAGCAAAACUCAUCAUUAUCAUCAAAAAAACGCAUCACUACGACUUCAUAAAGCGCAUAAUAUAUACAUACACAUGCGAAACGUAUCGUAGAGAAAAAGCGUACGUGUAAAUGGAUAGUAUUGUCAGCUAUCUAUUUAUCCAUCUAUUCUCCACUCCUUUUACCCGUAUGCCAUUGUACACAAUGAAUGCGAAUAAAUGCGUAAAUCCGUGAAUGCGUGCUCGCAAUUUAUAUAUAUAAUAUCUUCUUGUUGUAGUAACUUCGUUUUCCCUCUAAUAACACCAGCAAUGGUCUUUUUUUCUUAUUCUCAUAUCUACUACAUUCUCAUAUUACUUAUUCUCAUCUGUUUGCCUCAAAUAUUUGUCCAAGUUCAGUUAUGAUUACUAGAAGUUAAUGCAGCAUUUCAGGUCAGGUUCAGGUGAAUUCAGAAUUGAGGUGAAAUCUUUCUUCUUUAAGUGUCGAUGUCACCACUCUAUUUUCUCUUCUUUAAAAAUAUUAUUAUCCUAAAAGACUGCUUGAGGUACCAAGUAAUAAAUUACUGUUGGCGUAUAACGUAUCUACUUUCUUAAUAGUUGCCAGAAAGAAAGCAGCUGACACUCGAAAUUGUACUUUAUGCAUGGAUUGAAGAAAAUGUAUCUAGCGAUAGUUAAGUAAUACGAAAUUGAAAGUAAUACUAGGAAAGCAAUGAUAAAAAGAGAAGUAAGUGAUGGGUGAUUUUUGCGAGCUCGCAUUCACGGUAUAGGAGAGCCAAGUAGCUAUGAGAGAAACAUUGAAGAGAGGUCGAAUGAUCUUCGCUAAAGAGCAGCUGGUCUGCUCAACAAAAUGGCGAAGCUUCCGAUUUAGAAUUAUUAGAUUCUUAAAUCCGCCCUGGGUGGAUGGUGCAAGGGCAUCGUCACGGCGGGGUGGCAUUACUUAAACUUUAAGUCAAAUUAAGCCUAGACUAAGUAAGUUAUGUCUGGAAAAUUUAUUUAAUAUUAUCUCUUAAACACAUAAUUUUAUAAAUAUAUUAUAUAUAUAUAUAAAUAUACUACACGAAAUGAGUGCACAUGACCUACGCGUGGUGAGUGGGUCAUCUUUGAAAAUGAUAGCAUCACGUCUAGCGCAUCGCCCUUUUAAAGUUAUUUUAAUUAUCGAGUUUAUCAAAUCAAAAAAAAGGAAAUUUAAUUUCUUUUUUUACAGACUGCUUAACACUUAGGGUGUCUUUAAAUAAUGGACGUACGAUCCACUCUCACUAAAUUAAAUCAUCUAUCAGUCCUUUUUAUAUUUAUAUCUACUAUAUGGAAGUUACUAUAGAAAUAGCCAAGUUCAUAUUUACAUGUCGUACAGUCAUUAACAAACAAAUAAAUAAACGAGUCGUAUCUUAUUCCAUAACUAUAUUAAAUUCGAAAUAUGAAAAUAUGAAUAGAUUUUAUAAUUAAAAGGAUAAAAAGCUUGCAAAUAAGGAUCUGUGGGUGAGUUAGUUUGAUCACUCUUCUUAACUUUCAUUUCCCAACAAUAGUUUCACAUCAUUAGAUAAAAAUUGUUCCGACCAUUCCUUAAAUUGUCGUACAAAGUCUUGUAUACGAAAAUCCUGUUUUUGUUUGCUAGGAGUUGCUUCCCUUUUGAUAUCAGUAAACUAAUAAUACUUUUGUACAAUACGGGGAAAUUAAAAGUGCUAAGAAAAAUGA